AUGAGAUUGCUUAAAUACCCAAUUGAUCAAACAACGCAUCGUCUCAAUGCACUCACGGUGGCUAAUAAUGAACUAAUUCUUCUUUCAAGUGACGGUCACGUGAUGGUGUGGUCACAGCAACAACUAGUGGAUACUGCCUUUGAUAAGGUUUCCGUUCAAGACUUGACGAUUAGUGCUGAAUUUCCGGCUGAACUUCCUACUGGUGAGACUGCUUUCUUUAUUCUGGCUUUGAAUAAUUAUCUGUUUGUUGGAUCCGAACAUCAAGUUAUUAGGCAUCACAAUUGGAAAAAUGAUGCUGCAAGUACAAUUGAAAGACAUACUCUUUUUGAAUGUAAAUCACCUUCUACAAUUACUGAUAUAAAACUGGAUAAAGUGAAAAAUGUUUUAUUUGUACUUUGUAGCAAUCCAAACCUCAUACUGCUGUUGGAUGCCAUAACCGGUGAUAAACUGAAUGAAAUAAAACUAGAUAAAAACACAACCCCAUUUGUAUGCAUAACAGAUCCUUCCAGCGAAAGAUUCACCAUACUGUGCAGUGAUAGAUCUGUCCUCAUAUAUCAAUUCAACGAGAAGGGAAGUUACAAACAGAUACACAGAUUAAAUCAAUUUGUACAAGUAUAUCCAUUACAUUAUAAGUUGACCAUGUCUCCUCAGGCUAAUACACUUCCAAUAAUCAAUUCAGUGAAAGGAACAUCAUCAGCUGCCAUUCCUGCCACUGUACUUCUGGAUACAAACGAUUCCUACAAGAUCGCGAAUACUAUAGUAUCGCCGUCAUCUAACCUGAGUAAGGUUGUAGUGUAUUCCCCGGUAAUGUACGAAAAAACAAAUAAUAAAAAGGGCACGAAAUCAAGAUACAACUUACUUGCGACAUCAGGGAGUAAAGAUGGUACUGUUUUGGUUUGGAAUAGUAAACGUAUGAAACCACUAUUCAAUGCCGUUCAAGUUUCAGAUACGCCAAUAAAUGAUAUGGUGUGGUCUUCAGAUGGUCUUACACUUUUUGCAAUCUCAGAUGACGGGAUAUUAUACACUUUUGCAUUCCAACCUACUGAUUUAGGUGAAAUUCUACCAACAAAUGAAAUAAUCGAAUUACAAAAGCAAAAUAAAUUGCUACCACCACUUCCUGAGGUUAGCGGGGAGGAAGAAAAGAAGGUUCGCAGCCAAGUCAAAAUAGAACGUAAAGAGCCCAUCACGCUCUCCCCUACAAAACCUGAUAAAGAUCAAAAGAACUUAUCAAAGAAGUCUACCAAAAGGAAGUCAUCAAACCAACUUCAAGCAACAUCGAUACCACCAGCUGUACAAGUUAAAAAAGUUCAAGGAAAUGGGAUGGAAUUUAGUCCCCCCUCCUAUAACGUUCCAAAAGAUUUGAAACGUAAACCAAAGGAGGAAAGUCCCAGUGAUAAUAUCCCGAAGAAGUUAAAACGUGAACUAGAGCCUAUGGAUUUUCUUGAUACAGGGCUAUUCCUUCCAAAUGCAUCUUUCUCAAGGGUAAGGUUAGCAACGCCAAAAAUAAGGCUGACUUUCAAUUAUAUACCACCGUCCACACCAAAACUAAAAUUUGACGUCAAAAAUGGUACAGGUAACGAACAAAAACCAACAAUAGUUACCUUAACUUCAAAGUUGGAUUAUGAAGAAAACAAACUUUUUCAAAACUUCAUACCGAAAUUUAUAACUAUGUGCACUGCUGGUGAAUUUUUCUGGGCAUGUUGUACUGAUGAUGGUACAAUAUAUGUUUAUUCCGAUUCAGGAAAGAGAAUAGUUCCGCCAUUGAUUUUGGGUGUACCGAUAAGUUUUCUUGAGGCAUGUUCAAAAUACUUGUUGUGUGUUACCUCCCUGGGAGAGAUGUAUUGUUGGGAUAUUAAGAGCGCCAAAUUGAAAUUCCCCAUUAAUAAUAUUUACCCACUUUUAAAUCCUUCUUUAAGGUAUUCUGAUGAUAUCUUAACCAGAGCUGAAAAUAUUACUAUGUGUGCUAUUACAAAAAAUGGUAUACCGUUGGUAACAUUGAGUAACGGCGAUGGAUAUAUAUUUGACGAGGAUAUGGAAACCUGGCUUUUGGUCAGUGAUAGCUGGUGGGCAUAUGGAUCUCAAUAUUGGGAUAUGAACAAUGUAGCAAAUGGUUCUUUAAAUCAAGGAAAAGCUAACAAUUUUUGGAACUCUGAUGAUGUACAGACUCUUGUCAUGGAUGUCAAGAGCAAUCCUCAAAGUAUUUUAAAUUUUAUGGAACGUAAAACUAAUGACGAGCUUAAUAGGAAGGGAAGAAUUAAGAAUUUACAAAGGUUUGCAAGAACGAUUCUGAUAAAAGAGGGGUUUGAAAAUAUGGAAGAGAUUGUCACUUUGUCUCAUUUAGAAAAUAGAAUCUUGGUAUCAUUAAAACUGGAGGAAAAUGAAGAAUUCUCAAAAUUACUUAUUGUUUAUUGUAUUAGAUUGAGUGAAUUAGGGUAUACAGAUAGAUUAGAUGAUGUUCUACAAUGGUUAUACAAUGACGGUGAUUUAGAAACAUCAAAAUUAGGGGGAAAGACAAGAAAAGAGUUAAUGAAAGAUGUACUACUGGCAUGUGCUAAUAUUCGACAUGUACAAAGGGUAACUAGUAACUAUGCUACAGUUUUGGGAAUUGUACAGGAUAAACUUUGA